AUGUUCAUACAAAGCGCGCACGAAGAGAAAGACACUUCUGCUCUCCUUCAGUUCAUUCGCGAGAAUGCCUUGGGAAUGCUGGUUACCGGAAUUGACUCCUCCUUGGAUUUUCUUCAAUGUACUCACGUUCCUUUUGUGGUGGACCUACCCGGAGAGGCCGAAGAGUCUUCUCCCAGGGGCCGACUUCGAGCGCACAUCGCCAAGCAGAACCCGCAAGUCAAAGGCAUGAUUGAAGCUCUCGAAAACAAGCCCAACGUCCUGGAACUUGAGCAGGAUGUUCUCGUUGUUUUCAAUGGAAAACAUGACCACUACGUCACACCUAAAUACUACGUCGAAACCAAGCCGGAUUCGGGCAAAGUGGUUCCGACUUGGAACUACUCGGCAGUUCAAGUAUACGGCAAACUCUCUCUUUAUUACGACUCGAAAACAACCGAGGCGGGAAAUUUUAUCAUGCAGCAGAUGAAGGAUCUUUCCCAGCAUCUUGAAACGUCCGUCAUGGGAUAUACCGGCGGAGAACGACCUCAACCUUGGAAAGUGGGUGAUGCGCCAGAGAAAUACAUCGAGUUGAUGCAGCAAAAUAUUGUUGGAAUUGAAAUUCGCGUGGACAAAAUCCAGGGAAAGCACAAGAUGAGCCAGGAGAUGCGACCUGGAGACAGAGAGGGUGUCGUUAAGGGAUUUGCAAGACUAGGAGGAGAGACAGGUAACGCCAUCUCGUUCUUGGUCAAGGAGCGUGGGGUGCUACAUGAUGAGAAAAGGCAGAAAUAUUAG